GUGUUGUUCUUUAUAGAGUGGUGGAAAUGAAAUAGUAAAACCAAUACCAACAAAAACAAAAAAUCCCAAAGGCCGCCCCCUGAUUUUCUACUAAACAUUAUUUUUCUUCUUAUAAAACCCAAGAAACUCCUCAAAAAUAGUACUCAUAAUCAUUUAUAAACCUUUUUCUGAAAAUUACUCAAAUUCGUCAUGGAUGUAAAGAUCGGAUCAAUUGACACGUGUAAACCUCCGCACAACGACAUGGGCUGUUUGCCGACCGGUAACGCCGUAACCAUUCACACUCCAUCCGUUCCGUUCAACUCGCCGGACUCCACACUGGGUCGUCACUUAGCACGCCGUUUAGUGCAAGUCGGUGUCACCGAUGUUUUCGGUGUUCCCGGUGAUUUCAACCUGACAUUGCUGGAUCACCUGAUCGAUGAACCUGGGCUUAAAUUUGUUGGGUGUUGUAAUGAGCUAAAUGCUGGAUAUGCUGCUGAUGGGUAUGCUAGAGCCCGUGGUGUUGGGGCAUGUGUUGUGACUUUCACUGUUGGUGGACUUAGUGUUCUUAAUGCUAUUGCUGGUGCUUAUAGUGAGAAUCUUCCAUUGAUUUGCAUUGUCGGUGGCCCUAAUUCUAAUGAUUAUGGAACUAACAGAAUCCUUCAUCAUACUAUUGGGUUACCCGAUUUUAGUCAAGAACUUCGUUGCUUUCAAACUGUCACUUGUUAUCAGGCUGUGGUGAAUAACUUAGAGGAUGCACAUGAAAUGAUCGAUACAGCGAUCUCUACGUCGUUGAAAGAGAGUAAGCCGGUUUAUAUAAGCAUAAGCUGUAACUUGCCGGGGAUUCCACACCCUACUUUUAGCCGUGAACCAGUUCCAUUUUGCAUCUCUCCCAGAUUGAGUAACAAGAUGGGUUUGGAAGCAGCAGUGGAGGCAGCUGCAGAGUUCUUAAACAAAGCUGUGAAACCAGUCAUUGUGGGAGGGCCAAAAUUGCGUGUUGCAAAGGCGUGUGAUGCGUUUGUUGAAUUGGCUGAUGCAAGUGGAUAUGCUGUUGCAGUGAUGCCAUCAGCUAAGGGGAUGGUUCCAGAAAACCACCCUCAUUUCAUUGGAACUUAUUGGGGUGCAGUGAGCACGGCCUUCUGUUCUGAAAUUGUGGAAUCAGCUGAUGCUUACUUGUUUGCUGGACCUAUUUUUAAUGACUAUAGCUCUGUUGGGUAUUCUCUGCUUCUCAAGAAAGAGAAAGCUAUCAUUGUACAGCCAGAUCGUGUGACUAUUGGUAAUGGACCUGCAUUUGGUUGUAUUCUAAUGAAGGAUUUCCUUGCUACAUUGGGCAAGAGGCUAAAGCACAACCCGACUGCAUAUGAGAAUUAUCGUAGGAUUUAUGUUCCAGAGGGACAUCCUCCCAAGUGUGAGCCUAAAGAAGCAUUGAGGGUUAAUGUUCUCUUUGAGCACAUUCAGAGGAUGUUGUCUGGUGACACUGCUGUGAUUGCUGAGACAGGGGAUUCAUGGUUCAAUUGCCAGAAACUUAAACUGCCCAAGGGAUGUGGGUACGAGUUCCAAAUGCAGUACGGAUCUAUUGGUUGGUCUGUUGGAGCAACUCUUGGUUAUGCACAAGCAGCAAAAGAAAAGAGGGUGAUUGCUUUCAUUGGUGAUGGUAGUUUUCAGGUGACUGCGCAGGAUAUUUCAACAAUGCUGCAAUGUGGUCAGAGGACCAUCAUCUUCUUGAUAAACAAUGGUGGUUACACAAUUGAGGUUGAGAUUCACGACGGACCUUACAAUGUGAUUAAGAACUGGAAUUACACUGGACUAGUCGAUGCAAUCCACAAUGGGGAAGGAAAAUGUUGGACAACAAAGGUUCGUUGCGAAGAGGAGCUUGUGGAAGCAAUUGAAACUGCAACUGAAACUAAGAAAGACAGCUUGUGCUUCAUUGAAGUGAUUGUUCACAAGGAUGACACCAGCAAAGAGCUGCUUGAAUGGGGUUCUAGAGUCUCAGCAGCUAAUAGUCGUCUACCAAAUCCUCAGUAAAAUGACUGAAUGUUCAUAGCAAGUUACUGUUCUCAAGUUGGCAAGUUCCCACGUUUUCUUUCAUGUUUAGUUUCUACUUCCUAUCACAUUGGGGAUGUUGUGUCUUUCAUUUAACAAAGUUUUUGUCAGGUACUGCUAGUUUUGUUUGUUCAUAAAAUUAUCAAUAUUGGGUAUGUUGUCUCUUUAAUUAACCAAUUUUUUUGUUUAAA